AUGGCGGAGCGCGAGCGGAGGCGGCCCCGGCAGGCGGCGAGCGGCCCCGGCCGUGAGGAGCCCCCACCUGUGUUGCCAUCCCCCAUACGUGGACCCAGCUGCGAGAGGCCGGAGUGCUACCAGGCAGAGCCAUCAGGCCUGCUGGAGUGUUACCAGUGCCGCUACCUGUGCACGGCCAGAGCUUGCUGCCAGCUGGUGGAAGUUCUGCUGACCAUGCUGAUCCUGAUCUGCAGCUCUGUGUCCUACAGCUCGACAGGCGGUUACACCGGCAUUCCCAGCUUGGGGGGCAUUUACUAUUAUCAGUAUGGAGGGGCUUAUAGUGGCUUUGAUGGGGCAGAGGGGGAAAAAGCCCAGCAACUUGACACCCAGUUCUACCAAUUAAAGCUGCCGACAGCAAGGGCGGCGAUGGCUGUGGGAGGGGCCCUGAUGGCCUUCUCUUGCCUUCUGGUUUUGGUUGGUGUGCUGCGGCUACCAUGGCAUUUCCCAGCCUGGCUGCUGCUCGAAUGCACUCUGGACAUAUUGAUUGCACUUGGCUUCCUGCCUGCUCUCUACUUCUACUUCCACCAUCUGUUGGAUGCCUACAGUUCUCCAGUGUGCAAAGAGAGAGAGCAUCUCUACCAAAGCAAAGGCUACCAAGGCUUCAGCUGCAGUGUGCAUGGGGCAGAGAUAGCAGCUGGGCUCUUUAGCUGCAUUGCCAUCGUGGCAUUCUUGAUCAGUGCUGGCCUUGCUGUCAGGGGAUACAAAACAGUUCAUCAGCUGAGAGAGAAGUCAGUGCAGGUGUAUGAGUUUUAGGGUGGCUUGUGCAUACCCAAGCUCAUCUCUCUCUGUGGCUGCCAGCCUGGAGACCAAGAAGGGGCAGCACCAUUUUCCCUAGCUCAGGACAUUGCAUCUGCACUGCUACAAUCAGAACACAGGACUGUGACCACAACAAGCACUCCUACCAUGAGAGAACAGCUCCAGCUAGAGCCAAGCCAAGCUGCUCUUAACCAGCCCUCGCAUUUAAAUCUUGUGACUGUGAGCGGAACAGAUGCAUUCUUAGUUCCACGUCUUCUCCAUGGCUCUGCCUGUUAGCAGUGACUAGCUUACUGCUUGUGCUGAGCUCAGUAUCUUGGGACUAGAGGGGCCCCUCCAUCCCCUGAUCUGCAGAUGUCCCAGCUCUCUCAUUGGCCAUAGUCCCAUUUCUCCCAUACAAGGUAGAACUACCAGCACUUGGCAAGAUAUCUUGUUCAUUAGCUAAGACUGAGCUUUUCAUGUGACCUUAAAUAAGCACAAUAGGAUUUCAUCUCUCCUCUCAUCGCUCCAUGUUCGAACAACUUUGAUUCCUAGCUGCUUGCUACAGCAGUGCAGGGAGCAGGAGAGAAUGACAUAGGAAAAGAGCCCAGGCUUGGCCACUAAACCCUGCCACUAGCUCUCCUCUGAGCCUGUGUUUCCUCACAUGGUGGAGGUCAGGGGGUCACCUUUAAAUAAUGGUUAUUUUUUUAAAAUGUAAUUGAUCAUAUAAGAAAAUGAUUCUACAAACCUGAUCAUUAGCAGAAGGAUGAGGUGAGGACAAACACCAACCAUUGUUCCCAUAAAGCAGGGGUUCUUAAACUGGGGGUCAGGACUCUUCAGAGGGUCCUGAGGUUAUUACAUGGUGGGUCACGAGCUGUCAGCCUCCACCCCAAACCUUGCCUUGCAUCCAGCAUUUAUAGUGGUGUUUAAUAUAUAAAGUGUUUUUUGAUUUAUAAGUGGGGGGGUUGCACUCAAAGGUUUGCUAUGUGAAAGGGGUCACUAGUACAAAAGUCUGAGACCCACUGCCAUAAAGCAGAGUGAUGUCACUCAGGCAGUAGAGUGUGACCCUAAUGAUUCGUUGAGGGCUGCAUGCCUGUGUGGAGCCUAGCAGAGAGCCCCUGCACAGGGCAGGGCUUUACACUAUAAGAACAUGUUCAAUAGCACCUAGGAUUGAGUCUGUGACCAACCCAUGGGGAAAUGGCAUGAAGGCCUGGGAACGUAAUGGAUCACUGGAAACGAGAGAAGACUGAGCAAGAUCUGAGACUUUGGAAAACAGAGUUCAGCUAUGAAAAUUCUGCUGUCAGAUCUCAUAAUAAAGCCUCCACGCUUUACAGUAAAGAUUAAAUGCUGAGCUCUUCCUUGUAUUCUUUAUAAACAAUUAAAGGUGAACUUUACUUUUUUAAA